UGUCUUCCCUCCAUUAAAACCACACAGACAUAUCUCUCCCAUCUCUCUCUACACCAUAUCAUCAUCAACAUUUCUUAAAAAUUUAAUAUUUUUUUAUUAUUUUUUUUUACUAUAUGUUUUUCUCUCUCUUUAUACAACCCAACACUCCUCUCUUCUAUAAAUAGCCAGAAUAAUAGAGAGGUCUUGUAUUUUUUUUUACUAGGGUUCAUAAACAUAAACAUAAACUUCUCUUCUCUCUCACUCACUCACUCAUCCUUCAUCACCCCCAAAAAAAAUUAUUUAAAUUAAAAAAGAUCAACAUCAACAACCAUUUGGUAAAAGCAAAACACAAGUCUCGUCUGAACUCAUAAUAAAUAUUUGAAAUUAAAGAUAAGUAGCUAUAAGAAGGGUAGCUAGCUAUAUAUAUAUAUAUAUAUAUAUAUAUAUAUAUAUAAAUAGCUAGGUAAGGUUUGAAGAUAGAGAGAAUUACAAAUUAUUAUUAUAUAUAAUUAUUAAAAAAAAAUAAUGGUGAGAGACAUGAUGAUGGGAACUAGUACAUAUAACUCAAUUUCAUCAUCAUCAUCAAGAGGAGACAUGAACAUGGACAUGGAUAUGGACAUGAUGAAUAUGAAACCUGCAUGGCUAGAGAGGUUGAUGGAUGAAACAUUCUUUGGUGAUUGUGGGGUCCACAAGAAUCGAAGGAAGAACGAGAAGAACAUUUUUUGCUUACACUGUUGUCUUAGCAUCUGCCCCCACUGCUUAUCUUCUCAUACUUCUCAUCCUCUUCUCCAGGUGAGAAGGUAUGUUUACCACAACGUAAUUCGAUUGGAUGAUCUGGAAAAGCUCAUUGAUUGUUCUAAUAUACAGCCCUAUACUAUUAACAGUGCGAAAGUGAUAUUUUUAAAUCAGAGGCCACAAUCAAAGUCAUGCAAAGUUACAACCAAUGCUUGCUUCACUUGUGACAGGAUUCUUCAGGACCCAUUCCAUUUCUGUUCUCUCUCAUGCAAGGUGGAUUUCAUGGUAUACGAGGGUCAAAGUUUGUCCAACAUUUUACAUCGAUUUGAUGAAUCUGACUUAGGAAUAUCACAAUUCGAGGGACUAAGAAUGGAUGGAUCUGAGGUAAUUGAUGAAGAUAACAACCACAUUGGCCCAAGUUCUUCUAAUUACUCCAUCACUCACCAAGAAGAGGCCACCAGCAACAAAAUCACCAAGAAGAACAAAUCCAACAGAUUCCUCCCUGGCAUUGUCCUCUCUCUUGGAAGCAGAAGAAAAGGUGCUCCUCAAAGGGCCCCACUAUCCUAAACCAUUAUUACUAUUAAAUUAUAAUAAAAUUGGUAAAUUUUUAUUGCUAAAUAAGAAUGUUUAAAUUAUUAUUUAUGUCAUAUAUGUGUAUGAAAAAAAAUACAUGCUGAGGUAAUGGUAUUUGCAUGCAAAGCUAGGAUUUUCCAUUAUCAUCUUGGGAUGGCUGUUGAGACCACCAAUUUUGUUUUGGAUGCUAUGGAAAUAAUAUGGUUAUGUAUUGUUUUCGGAUAUAUGUUGUAUGGAUAGAAAAGUUCAAAUUGAGAUUUAUGUUUCAUCGAAA